AUGAAGGUCACUUUUUUCCUCACCGGCCUAGCCGGGGCCCAGGCAGUCGCCGCCUAUGAGUACGUCUAUCUUGUAAACUCCGUCAAAGGCAACGAAGUCUCUAGCGGAAUGGCAUACUACGGCGACAAGAAUCCUCCAGGCAAUAUGGUUCGUCCUAGCGAUUACACCGAUGUCACCCAUGGAACUUUCACAUACUGGGAAGGGAAGGCUGUUAAAGGCAAAUUUCGCAGUGGGGAUGUACCGACUUCGGACCUUGCUCCAUACUUCUUCUGGGUCAGUAAGCUGCAAUAUGUACUCCUCCUCCACCGAUCUAUGGGCUAUACCAAGGUCACUGCGCAGUGGAUGAUUGUCCCUGUCUGGAUCACCGGCGCCGUGUGCCAGCUAGCUCGAUCUUGGAAGCGCUCCAUUGCUAUUUCUAUUGUGAACUCAUUUGGCCAUCUGGCCAUUAUCUUUGGAAGCUAUCUGUGGCCCAGCACCAAUGAUCCUCAGCACUUGGUCGGUUUUGCUACUCUGACGGCUACCUGCGGCCUCGGAUGUGUUAUCGCAAUUGCUGCGCCAGGGUACCUGAAUCUUCAACCCCAAGAGCCUAUCACCGAGGCCAAGCAAGAGCGAGAAGCUCUUCAGCAGCAGGACCAGCAACGACAGGAGUCAUGGGGACCGCAAUGA